AUGUCAAGUGAGCUGAAGGAUCUGAAGUUGCAGCAGCGACAGAUUCGAAGCACGUUCGACGGUGUGAAGCAGUUCAUCAAGGGAUUCAAGCGAGAGAAGCAUGAAGCACAUGUCGAAUCCAGAUUGGAGAUGCUAGAAGGUGCAAUGAAGAAGAUGUACACAAUUAGAAGAAAAAUAGAUAUGAUCAUGGAAGAUGCAGAGGAGAAGGAGAGAGAAGAGUCGAAGGAAGACCCGGGCAAUCGUGAGACUCGACUAGCAGCACUCAGUGAAAGGCGAGAAGUUGAACAAUCUUCUGCCAUACAGCAAGCCGAAGACACUUACUGCGAGUUGAGGGCAUCAUUGCUGCGACUGCUUGGCCCAACGGUCCAUGCUUCAACGUCUUCGGAGUCAUCAACUGCACCAGUACCAAUAACUCCCAGUGCUUUCUCGAAGAUGAAGCUGCCAGAAAUUAAACUCCCGAAUUUUGGAGGCAAACUUCGAGAUUGGGUCACGUUCCGAGACAUGUUUAUAAGCCUAAUUCACCGCAACCACCAACUGACCGAGAUAGACAAAUUCACGUACCUUCGGUCAUCGCUUGUAGGCGACGCGCUGCAGGAAAUCUGUACGAUAGAGAUUUCAGCGGCGAACUACAAAAUAGCGUGGGAUCUGCUCCAGAAACGUUUCGAAAACACGAAACUAAUUGUAAAGGCUCACCUUGAUGCACUUUUUGCUGAGGAAUCAAUGAAACGCGAAUGUUACGACGGUUUGAGCCAUCUGCUCAGUGAGUAG